CCCGGCCCGGCGAGGCCCGCGCACCGUGUCCGAGGCCGCGGAGGGGCCCGGCGAAGGCCGGCUCCACGGAGGUGACAAGUGGAACCAGUAAUCUCAAUAUAAUAUGGCGAUGUGACACUGCCCUCCAGCUCUCCAGGCCACGGAAGCACACAGUGACUUCUGUGACAGGUUGAGGACCAGCCAUCAUGUUCCACAUCACUCCUGGACUGUGAUGCCAUGGACAGUGUCCAUAUCCAAUGUUCUGUGCAGGCCCUCCCAGGCAAGUGACCGGAGGAAGGAUCAUUGAAUGGCUUGUGCCUGACAACAUGCACCACCAGUGGCUUCUGUUAGCUGCAUGCUUUUGGGUGAUUUUCAUGUUCAUGGUGGCCAGCAAGUUCAUCACGUUGACCUUUAAAGACCUGGAUGGAUACAGCACCAAACAGGAGUUUCUGUUCCUGACAACCAUGCCAGAAGCAGGGAAGAUGCCAGAAGAGAAGCUUCCAGAAGAUGUGAAGCCAACUGAGAACGUGCUUCCAAAAAACCAGCUAGAUCAGCCCCUCAUGUACCUGGAGCGCUUGGAGCUCAUCAGGAACGUCUGCAGGGAUGAGGCUCUGAGGAAUCUCUCACACACCACAGUCUCUAAGUUUGUCCUGGACCGAAUAUUUGUCUGCGACAAGCACAAGAUUCUUUUCUGCCAGACUCCUAAAGUGGGCAACACCCAGUGGAAGAAAGUGUUGAUUGUUCUGAAUGGAGCUUUUCCUUCCAUUGAAGAGAUUCCGGAAAGUGUGGUCCAUGACCAUGAGAAGAACGGCCUCCCACGUCUCUCUUCCUUCAGCAGAGCGGGAGUUCAGAAGCGAUUGAAAACAUACUUCAAGUUUUUUAUUGUAAGAGAUCCCUUCGAAAGACUGAUUUCUGCCUUUAAGGACAAGUUUGUUCACAAUCCUCGCUUCGAACCUUGGUAUAGGCAUGAGAUUGCCCCUGGCAUCAUCAGAAAAUACAGGAGGAACCGGACAGAGACCCGGGGCAUUCAAUUUGAAGAUUUUGUCCGCUACCUGGGCGAUCCAAACCACAGAUGGCUAGACCUUCAGUUUGGGGACCACAUCAUCCACUGGGUGACCUAUGUGGAACUCUGUGCGCCCUGUGAAAUAAAGUACAGUGUAAUUGGACACCACGAGACCCUGGAGGAGGAUGCCCCAUAUAUUCUGAGGGAAGCUGGUAUAGAUCAUCUAGUGUCGUACCCAACCAUCCCUCCAGGUAUUACCGUGUACAACAGAACUAAGGUGGAACACUACUUCCUGGGCAUCAGCAAACGAGACAUCCGGCGUCUUUAUGCACGUUUUGAAGGGGACUUUAAGCUCUUUGGGUAUCAGAAGCCAGAUUUUUUGCUGAACUAAUUGUAUAGACCUGUGAAUCUGGUUAUCUUGGCUAUAUCAGGGGCUAGCUAGGUUGAAGUCUAGCACAGAAAUGAUACUUCCCCAUUGCAUACCUGCUUAAGACUCCGAGCUUUCUCAUGGCCUUGUGGACAGAUGAUGCUGGAUGCUCACUGUCCAGUUAGCCUGGAUGUGAAAUGCUCUGAGAGUCUACCUACCACUGCCUGUGUCAUCAGGAUGUUACUGGCCGCCGUGUCCAUCACAGGGGAGGAAAGAGCAUACAUUUGCAGGCCGGCGGACAGAGCUGUGGGACGUGGGACACGUUUGCCUCAGUUGGUAUGUUGGCAGCAGCACGCGCAGCUCCCCUGCCUGGCUGGGGUGGUGUCGUCUAAGACUCGUGGAUUAUGCAAUGGCUCUUGGCACUGUAAAGAGGUAUUGAGAAGCUGCAGGACUGAAAAGAUUGCCAAGGCUCAGGCAGGGUCAAAUCCCAGUCAGAACGACCCUCUGUCUUGUGUCUUGGCACCACUGUAACCACAGAGGUAAACCUUUCCUUGACCAUUGAGUCCAUCUGAGACUUGGUAGUGACUACAGGCUCCAGCAGUCCAUCCUUUCUUCACACAGGCCUGUGUAAGGCUAGUCCAUGCUUCAGAACCUCUGAGCUGUCACAGCCUGUCUCAGUCUACAGAAGAGAGAAAGUUUUUCUAAAAAAGAGGAGUGUAGAUAAUUUCUACACAUGAACAAGAAUGGGAACACCCUAGGGAGCAUUUAAAGAAAUAUGGCUUGAGGAAGAAAAGCUAGCUGGUACUAGGAGCUCAAGCUACCAUGGAUUUAAGAACCCUCACCCUGACUCAUCUGCUUCUUGUCUUGAACUGCUACCCCAUUUCUACUCCAUAGGCCUUUACUCAGAGAGGAGAAAAGUUCAGCUAACAUAUUCAUUGUAAUGAACCAGCCAGGAAGAAACUAAACAAGCUAAAUUCAAGUGGAACCUCAUGCCAGCAGUGCAAAAUCCAGUGCCAUUUACACAUGACAGUGUCUUUUCGUCUCAGCAGAAUGGCUGUUCUAAACUCACUUUUGCUAAUGCUACCAUUUGGACUGAAUGGCAAGGAGUUGGACAAUCGGGUUCACCAGCAAUAAAAUCAUGGGUUCAGGCAGCCACCAGUAACAUGCCUUCCAGGCUCUGAGGCCGAUCCAGUGAGGAACAAGCCACAACGACCAUCUCCUCUGCCACCCGGCAGCGAGCCACUGAGGAUGACUGGAAGUUCCCUUGAGUGAGCAUAUAACAUACACAUCUGCCCAGGGUGGGGAGGAGUGGGCACCUUUUUCUUUUCUCAGGAUGGCUUCCUGAAUUUGUAAAUAUGUGCCAAACCUUCCAGGAGCUACAGCCUCAGGAAGGGGCUUCCAGGGCCACAUGGAGUUCCUGAGGCCUGGUGGCAGGAAUGGACUCACUCAAUAGAUGGGCAAUGGACAGACAGCCCUUCAACCUCAACUGACACUCUGAGGACCUAACAUCGGCUAUUUUUCUAUAAAGUUUUAGCAAAGCCUUGUUAAAAUCAUGUCAGAUCUAAUGAACUGAUUACCUCUUUGCUGUUUGAAACGUAACUGUGAGUAAUGUAUGUGAAGUUAAGGCCUUAAGAUAGUCCUAAUUAAAAAAGCAUUUUCUCUCAGAAUAAAAAGUUGGCCAACUGGG